AUUUGGAACUGUCUGUCAAAUGUCAUAUUAUGUGGUCUGUGGCGUUGGCGCUCUUUUGCUUCCUUUCUUUUCAUUCGCUCUUUCAAUUUACAGAAAAUGGCUUCCGAAGAGUUGGUGACUGAGCAAUUUCAAUUUCUCGGUAUAGAUGUGCAAAAGGAAGUCUUAACAAAAUGCGUAAGUUUGUGCGCGGAAUACGAUGUGGACGCAGAAUCUUUUACGGAACAAUGGAUGGCGUUCAGUUUAAACCACUUGAACGGCGCCUCACCGGAUUUGGAAAAUUUGGAUUUGUUUGCAAGAAAGGAAUUUUCCAAGCGGUCGUCAAGCCGAAGUAACGCGUCCGCCAAAGACACCGCACGAGCGGUUACCGGCACAAACUUAACUGUUUACGGAACGCCCAGUUCCAACCAGUCAGACAAUGAUGUGCUAUCCAAUUAUAUGGCUGUUACACCAAAGAGAGUGAAAAUAGAAGCGGACACAGGUGGAGUCCAACAGAAUGAUUUACGACCAGCCACCUAUUCGCCCACAGUCGGCUCCACUAAAUAUGCAUCCCGAACCAAUAUGGGCACAGUCGUGCAUUCGUACGGCGAUGAAAGCUUAUUGCAAAUAGUCGCCGCACCGAACAGUCCGAGCGACGUGCUCGACCUUAAGAUUAUGCAAAUACCUAACGAAGAUGGCGAUAUUUACACGAAGGCCCAGUUUGGUUUCGAACUUCUUCAUGAAAAAUCAGGCAUAUUCGAUAAUCAUAUUCGCUACGUAUCACAGUACAUUAUGAAAAAAGCUGGCAUUACAGACAGCAGUUCAGUUAGGCAGAAAACACAGACAGAGGUAACGGUGGCCGGCAGGAUAGAAUGUGACGCUGACGCUAGACUCAACGUGAAAUCUGUGAUCUUACAAGGGACUUGGGCGGAGUCUUUGUGUCAAACUGUACCUGUUGAUUUAGACAAUGUUAAACAGUAUUCCCUCUUUCCGGGACAAGUGGUUGUUAUGAAAGGUAUUAACCCGCGCGGCGACAGGUUCUUAGCUCAGGAAGUGUUCUGCGACGCCUCGCAACCGAUACGAGAUCAUAGAGCUGACAUGAUGAACACAUUAACAGGUAAUGUUUCGAUGGUAAUAUCAUCAGGGCCGUACACAACGUCCGACAAUAUGAACUACACACCACUCAAAGACUUGGUUUCGUACAUAAACGCCCACAGACCGCAUUUAGUCAUAAUGACCGGCCCGUUCAUCGACUGCGAACAUUCCAUGAUCAAAGACAACACUAUUGCAGAAACUUAUAGUGCAUUGUUUGACAAAAUUGUUGAUAGCUUAGGAGAAUUAAGUACUACAAGUCCCUACACAAAAGUAUAUAUAGUACCAAGCCUAAAAGACGCGUUCCAUGUGAACAUAUACCCAACGCCGCCGUACUCAAGUCGGCGGAAACACCCAAACAUUCACUUCGUGUCAGACCCCAGUACUAUAAACGUAAACGGUGUAGUCAUCGGGAUAACGAGCUGUGAUGUCCUCAUGCAGAUCAGCCAGGAGGAGAUUUCUUUGGGCGCCGGCGGCGACAAGCUGUCUCGGCUGGCGCGGCAUGUCAUCACGCAGCAGUCCUACGCGCCGCUGUGGCCGCCUCCCACCGGACACCCAGUCGACGCCGCGCUGUGGGCUGCUCACGCGCAGUUACCUUGCACUCCUCAUCUCCUAGUGCUGCCAUCUAACUUCAGAUAUUUUGUUAAGGACGUAAACGGGUGCGUAGUCGUAAAUCCAGAACAUUUGACAAAAGGCACUGGAGGAGGUACUUUUGCUCGCGUCUUAAUUUCCAGUAGUAAUGAACACAACAUAAGCAUCGCAGCACAAAUUGUACGCAUUUAAUUUAUAAAAAAUAAAUGAACAAAUUAACAGUA